AUGAUAUUGGCAAGCAAGAGACUUGGCUUCGCAAUCGUUCUACUUUCAAUGGCGAGCUGCUCAUCAGGCCAGGAAAACUUCAUAAACACUGUAAAUAACCUUGCUGGAAUCUUUGAAGCCAGUGCUGGGGCUAUCAGAUCUGAAGCUGUUGGCCCUGGAAGUACAUCCACAUUGCUCUUCUCUUCGCUCAAGCAGUAUAGUGAUGCUGCAUUCGAAAUUCGCUUUUGUACUCCUGAUCUUCCCUCUAUUGACGUGUUUUCGUCUCUCAAGCAGGCAUUAAUUAAUGCGCCAGAGUAUAUUCUCCAAGACCUGAUCAAAAAUCAAACAAGCAUUAGCCAGCCCGUUGAUUUGGAAAGGUACCUGGCAAUUCUGGUGCAAGAUGCUGUAUAUCCAGUCACGAAAGAACAUAAGAAUGAUAUUUGUAAUGCUAUUACAAAAGCUGCAGAGGCACUUGGACACAAAUUGAGUAACUAUGAAUCAAAUGAAUUGCUUGAUAGGUUCAUAGUCAUUG